GGGGGACCGGCAGGUUUGCAACUGCUGGUAUGGACUAUAGAGUCAUGAUGUGGAAACUUGUUAAAACCCAAACGGAAUUGCCUCAGGUUAUAUUUUUAUCAACUUUAAAACACCAUACAGCACCCGUUAAUGUGACUAGAUUCUCUCCUAAAGGUAUUAUUCAAUCACCAGGAAACGAUAGUGAGCUUUUGGCAUCCGCUGGUGACGAUGGAAUUAUUUGCUUGUGGAAACUUAUGGAAAAUAAGGAAUCAAGGAAAAUUUUUGGGGAUGAUUCUGAUGAUGACACAUCAGAGGAUAGUGAAACUUGGAAGGUCAUUUCAUUAUUAUGGUAUAAUGCAUUAGUUCAAAUUAACAUUGCGUGGUCUCCAGAUGGUGAAUAUAUCGUUGCAGCAUGCAUGGAUGGUGGUUCUAGAAUAUGGCGUGUGAAAGAAGCAAAAUGCGUAUGUGUUUUGAUGGACCAUGUUCGUAAUGUUCAAGGUGUUGCAUGGGAUCCGCUUGGCCAAUAUAUUGCUACUCAAAGCAAUGACCGAACUGUUCAUAUAUACUCGUAUAAUAUUCAUUCAAAUGGUGUUUUUGAAACGACUCAUGUUAGCAAAAACUUUAAGGUUGAAAUUAUAAGCAAGAAAGACCCAAAUUCUGUAAAAGACACUACCAAAACAUGUGAUGACCUGAACGAUCAUAAAGGCGAUAGUGAUAACCAUGCUGCAAUGCUUGCAAAUUCCGAAUUCAAGAUCGCAAUAAAUGAUAUUUCGAAUGAUGUUAAUCCCAUAUUAAACGCUAUAGAGUCUCCUGGAAGCAUAACAACUGUUCCUUCACAAGUGCCAACAAUACAAUCUACGUCAAAGCAGCUUAAAAGGCAUUUUCGGCUAUAUUGUGACGAAAUGAUAAAUACCUUCUUUAGGCGAUUGGAUUUUACACCAGAUGGUGGACUAUUACUUACGCCGGCCGGACAACCGAUCGCCUUUCUACCGGGACAUAAGAAACCGUUUGUUGUUGUAAAAUGCAAUCAUAUAUUUUAUAAAUUACGGUUUCCCCGAAAAAACUUUCAACCACAAAUUGAUGCCACGGCAUUGCAAAUGAGAUCAGAAUACUUUAUUGCUGAAAAUUCUUAUAGUGAUAAAUCGUUUAAUGUUCAUUUACCAUCCUUAUUUGACUUACCAUACCGCAUAAUUUAUGCUGUGGCGACUCAAGACUCUGUGUUUAUAUAUGAUACGGAGCAACAUGCUCCUUUGGUCAUAGCGACAAAUUUACAUUUUGCAACAUUUUCCGAUAUGUCCUGGUCAUCAGAUGGCAAUUCGCUCAUGUUGGCAUCACAUGAUGGAUACUGUUCUGUUGUGACAUUUCAAGAAGGGGAGUUAGGUGAACGCUACACAGUCUGA